UUGUGUUAUUAUGCCUGAACCAGCGAAGUCCGCCCCGAAGAAGGGAUCUAAGAAGGCCGUCACGAAGGCCACCGGUAAGGGAGGGAAGAAGCGCAGGAAGUCUAGGAAGGAGAGUUACGCUAUCUACGUGUACAAAGUCUUGAAGCAGGUUCAUCCUGACACCGGGAUCUCCUCCAAAGCGAUGGGCAUAAUGAACUCCUUCGUCAACGACAUCUUCGAGCGUAUCGCCGGUGAGUCGUCUCGUCUCGCUCACUACAACAAGCGCUCCACCAUCACAUCGAGAGAGAUCCAGACCGCCGUGCGUCUGCUGCUGCCCGGUGAACUGGCCAAACACGCCGUGUCUGAGGGGACAAAGGCCGUCACCAAGUACACCAGCUCCAAAGCCUGCCAGAUCCAGCUCCGUUCCUGUUUGUUGUCAGACUCCACUGCUAUGUGUCGCUGAGAGAUGACGACAAACUACAGCUGGUGCUAGCCAGACAUCACUUCAGUUUUUUGACUUCAGAGGAUGAACUGAUGCCAACUUCAACUAUAAGACAUCGGAUACUUCAGAUGCCACUGCCUGAACCUUGGAUUUAGGAUGGACCCCACUGAACUGACCUGCAGGUAGCCAAAACGGUUUGGCCCCAUAAUGGCCCAGAUCCGGCAGGCCAGAAGAAAUAACUCGGCCCACUUGCGGUUGCCAGACUGUUGUGAAACACGGCAAUGAAUGACGCCCCAGAAUCGGCCCAAGUACACCGGCCCGAGUCCAGGUGCUAAAACUGAGUCAACACUGCCGGCAUAGGGCCACAAUCACGCCAACAAAAAUUGUACACUUAGCUGGUACUGGCCCGAGUCUGGGUACCAAAGGGAAAUGUAUAUUAAAUAUAAAACUACAUCUAUUUAAUUAGAACGAAAGACAUUUUGCCAAAGCAAUAUUAGCUUGUUUGCUAAAUUAAGUAUAUACUUGCACUUAAUCUAAAACAGAAUUGAAAACAUUUGUGUUCAGUAUAACUCUUCUUGUAAUGAAUUGGUUACCAAAAACUACUAAAAUGUAUGUUGUUUAAU